AUCGCUGAUGUCUCCCUGCCGUGUCACAGUCGUUUAACGCCGAGCGACGGUACUUCUUCACCUGCCACUAAAACCUACAACACCAUGGCGUACACCCAAGAGGACUUUUCCUUCUAACAAUGUGGACUACGGAGCGAUAAAUCAAAUAGUGAAGCGCCACCUCUGCGGGAGGGAAAUGCAGGACGAAAGCGGCAAAGCAGCACCCGGGGGCCCCGAUGUAACCACAGCAAACACAGCGCAGAAUUCAGUACAUUCGAAUGGACAUACCAUCACUCAAAAUGGCCACAACCCAGCAGCUACCCCUGUGUCACAGUCACAGUUUGAAUCAAGAUCCCAGAGUCCUGCACCCACUCCAACUCCGAUUGUCCCGAGGGAGCAGUGGGGAGGGAAGUACGAGUUCCUGCUUUCCUGUAUCGGAUACUGCGUGGGACUGGGUAACGUGUGGCGGUUCCCCUACCUUUGUUACCGCAAUGGAGGAGGUGUGUUUCUCAUCCCCUACUUCAUUAUGCUCUUUGUUACGGGUGUUCCGCUCUUUCUCAUGGAGCUGAGUUUAGGCCAGUAUGGAGCGGCUGGCCCCAUCACUGUGUGGAAGUGCUGCCCUCUGCUCAAAGGUAUUGGCAUUGGGAUGCUGUGUGUGUCCACGCUGGUGUGUCUCUACUAUAACGUCAUUAUAGCGUGGACGUUUUAUUACCUGGGCAGCUCGUUCCAGAGCCCUCUGCCCUGGUCCUGUGACGCUGUAGCCAAUGCAGCUCUGUGUGGUAAUGGCACUGUUGGCAAUAGCUCCACUGGUAAAGUCCUCAGCCCCACAGAAAUUUUCUGGAAUGAGCGUGUGCUGGGUGUAGUACACAGUAAGGGCCUUCAUGACCCGGGCCCCGUUCGUUGGCCCCUGGCCCUGUGCCUCCUGGCUGCCUGGAUCAUCAUCUUCCUGUGUAUGCUCAAGGGCAUCCGCAGCUCUGGCAAGGUGGUUUAUGUAACAGCCACCUUCCCGUACUUUGUGCUCAUUGUCCUGAUCAUCAGAGGUGCUACACUGGAGGGCUCUCUUCAGGGUGUUGCUUUCUACCUCACACCAGACUGGGGCCGAUUAGCUAAUGCACAGGUAUGGAAUGACGCAGCAUCACAGAUCUUCUACUCCUUAGGUAUUGGAGUUGGAGGGCUGCUUUCCAUGGCCUCUUACAAUAAGUUUGACAACAACGUCAUCAGGGACACUCUGAUUAUCACCACAGGAAACUGCAGCACCAGCUUCUUUGCAGGAUUUGCUAUUUUCUCAAUCCUGGGUCACAUGGCCUGGAGGAAGGGCGUGCCUGUUGGACAGGUGGCAGAUACAGGCCCUGGGUUGGCCUUUGUUGCUUACCCAGAAGCCCUUGCUCUGCUGCCAGGCUCAGUGUUCUGGUCCAUUCUGUUCUUCCUUAUGCUCUUUAUGCUGGGAAUUGAUACACUGUUUGGCAACAUGGAAGGCAUCACCACCGCCGUGCUGGACGAGUUUCCGCAGCUCAGAAGGAACACGCUGCACAAGUCCUUGUUCUUGGGAGCGCUGUGUUUUUCCUUCUUCUUGAUGGGUCUCCUGUUAGUAACUGACGGAGGGAUUUACUGGUUCACUCUCAUUGACUCCUUCAGCACUAGUUUCGGCCUCAUCAUCAUCACCCUCUUCAUGUGCAUUGGCAUCUCCUUCUUCUAUGGUGUCAAGCAGUUUUGUCAAGACAUUAUUGAUAUGAUCUGCCACUGCCCUCCCUGGUGCAGCAAAGUGUUGCUUUACUUCAAAGCAUGCUGGGUUUUCUUCACUCCGUGUCUCCUGCUGCUCAUCCUGACGCACAUCUUUAUUGAGAUGUACAACACAUCGCUCCACUACGGGUCCUAUGUGUACCCGCGGUGGGGUAAGGCGCUGGGCGUGUGCAUGGGUGCGACCUGCUGUCUACAGAUCCUCAUCUGGGCCAUUGUGGCCAUCUGCAGGGAAACUGGAACACUGAAAGACCGUUUCCAGAAAGCGAUUCGACCUCUGAAUUCCUGGAGAGUGAACAACUUGAACAGCACCGGGAGAGUCGAGGAGCGAGUGGAGCCUGAGCGAGUGGAGGCUCCGUUCACUGUCACACUCACAGACAUGGACUUUACUGCCAUGACGUGGGAGGUGGGAAGGCAGGCGUGACAGCGGAGAGAACAGUGGUGAACGAGCAGCGAUGAGCAAACUAUGUUGUCAGGAGAAAGAGGAAUUUAUCAUUAUGUUAUUUGCCCCAGCUUGGCUCUGGUGGCUGUGUCUGAUCAGACUGUGUGUCCUGCAGGGCAGUGUGAAUUAUCUGCUUUAUUUAUACUAUUAUGUAUGAUUAAAUAGUAUUUUUUUAACUUUUUUUUUUGUUUUUACAUUGUGUAGAAUAUAAAGUCACAUCUGUAAAGUUUGGAUCAUCCUUAAACAUUUGGAUGAGCAUGUUUCUGAUCAUAAUUAUCGUCAUAGUCGUGUAGUACAAUGAAUUUCCAUUAAUAGCCAUAAACAGUGGCUGGGGGACAGAUUUGCUUUAUCCUGUAGAAGGAGGGACAGAAAACGUGCAAAGACUCUUGACUGUGACCCGUCACAGCACUGAUAUACCUGGAGAAGUGACCAAAAAUCAUCAGCCUGCCAGCCUUACUGAGUCAGGAAUACUUUUAAUUCAUCUUACGUUUUUUUUUAAUGAAUGGUUGCUAAAAAAUAGUUAUUGCUAUAAUAAGUAAAUCAGUUGAAAAAUAGCAUGCCAAAUGAACUAUUUUUCAAGGUACUGUCCAUGUGUCCAUAUGAUAGUAGACACUAAGAUGUUUUGUCUGACGGUCUGCAUUUCAAAUGAGCAGUUCCCACUGAUUUCUGCAGAAAAUGUAGCAAUGAAUUCUCUCCUAAUGACAAAUUUGCCGCUCACAAUAAAUAGCCAUUGUCACUCUUAUAACUAUUCUGCACUUCUUCUCAGUGGGACUUCUAGAAGUUUCUGGCUAAACCUUUGUUGUAUUUUUAAAAAAAAAAUCAGUGGAUAUCUACACACAGGUUUCUAGUUCUUUACGUUAUCUUGGUUUUUACAGUCCUUCAAUGUCAAAUUUCCACCUGUAGAUUAUCGUCAUAUCAAUCUUGCAGUCUUGCUAACAUUUCUCACAGCUUCAGAACAUCCGAAUUGCUUGUUAAAAUGUUACUGUUAUUGACAAAGUGACCAUACUGCUUAAUUUCUGAAUGUGGAACAUGAAGGAAAGAAUAAUUACAAAAACAUCUCCCCCAGAUGACACAGCUCACCUGGACACACGAGUCACUGAUUAAUGUGUUGAAAUAGUUUUGAUAUUGUCAUAUAUGACAAAAAAAAUCUAAUUUGGGGUAACUGAUGAAAAUUCCCCAUCGUUUUCCAGCCUGUUUACUCAAAAACUAUUUUCAUUGGCUUACGUGAUCACGUUGCAAAUAUGUAGAUUACAGAUCUGCCAAAUCUGCAAUGUCUGCAUUUUUAAACCCUUUUAGUCACAUGAAAUUUUUAAUUUUGCGUGUAUUAAUAUUAAGGGGUGCUGUUUUCUCUUUCAAAGCAUCUGUAAAGCAGGAUCACUACUUUUAAACCUUUGAUUACGAACAUUUUAUUAUCCUUUGUUUUAGGAUUGUAUCAUAAAACUUAUCUUUUUGCCUUCUGUACACCUUGUUGCCAUCCUCUUGUACAUUGCUGUGCAUAAUUAAAUUUUCUCAAUGUCUUAUUGA